GACGCCAAUAUACGCUAUCCAGUUGUAGAAUGAUUCAGCAAUAUUAUUAUAAAAACGAAAAACGGAAAGAAAAGACUUUCCUCCUUUGCUGUGGCAUCGUAACUUGAUCCUUAAAAUGGAUGGAAGACGCUCCGUUAAAAUGGAUCCAAUUUCUCCAAGUCCUUGCUUGGAUAUCAGUGAUGAUGAACUCGUGACAAUAUCAGUACGUGAUUUAAAUCGUCAGUUAAAAUUACGUGGGUUGUCCCGUGAUGAGAUAGUGCGUAUGAAACAACGUAGAAGAACUUUAAAAAAUCGUGGCUAUGCAGCAAGUUGUCGAACUAAAAGACUCGAGCAAAAAGAUGAGUUGGAGACUGAAAAAACCCAAGAGAUUCGGGAUAUGGAAUUGAUGCAAGAGAAUAAUGAGUUAAUGCGCACAGAAAUUCAGUCUUGGCAUGCUAAAUAUUUAGCAUUAAAAAAAUUUGCCGCUGAAAGGAAAAUCAUAAUUCCUCAUGAAUUAGAAACAAUAUAAUUUUUACUUAUCUUGCAAUUUAUAUAAGUAAUUCAUCUAAUAUAUUUACGUAAUUACUCAUUAUUUAAAUGUAAUUAAUAACUAGUCCAGUUAAAUAAUAAUCAACUUAAAAGUAUAAUUAAACCACAUGUUUU